UCAGCAGCAGACCUUGUGCUGAGCUUUCUUGGCCUCAGUUUCCGCUACUUCCAAACAAGAGGCGUCAUGUUGCCCUGUUUCUGGUUCUUCUCCAAGCACAUCCGCCCUGCAUUGAUGUCCCUGCCCCGAGUGCUACACAGAUGCACUGCCCUACAGUAUUUGGUCUCCAGCUAUCCUUUAGGUACCCUACCAGCCUCCCCACGACGUCUGCUUGCCUCAGUGGCCUCCUCCCAGGACUCUGCUGGGCCUGCCAGGGUGCGCCAGAACUUUCACCCAGACUCUGAGGCAGCCAUCAACCGCCAAAUCAACAUGGAGCUUUACGCAUCCUACGUGUACCUGUCCAUGGCCUACUACUUCUCCCGGGAUGAUGUGGCCUUGUACAACUUCUCCAAAUAUUUCCUUCGCCAGUCCCUGGAGGAAAGGGAGCAUGCUGAGAAGCUAAUGAGGCUGCAGAACCAACGUGGAGGCCGAAUCUGCCUCCAGGAUAUCAAGAAGCCAGACCAAGACGACUGGGAGAGUGGUUUGCGGGCCAUGGAAUGUGCUCUGCUUCUGGAAAAGAGUGUGAACCAGUCGCUUCUGGACCUGCAUACUCUGGCCUCAGAGAAAGGAGAUCCUCAUUUGUGUGACUUUCUGGAAACCCAUUACCUGAAUGAGCAGGUGAAGUCCAUCAAAGAAUUAGGUGACCACGUACACAACUUAGUCACCAUGGGGGCUCCAACUGCUGGCCUAGCAGAAUAUCUUUUUGAUAAGCACACCCUUGGAAGUGAGAGCAAGCAUUAAGGCAGAAGCUGCCUUUUCAAUACCCUAGUGGGUUCCAAGACCUGGAGUUAGUGGUUGCCUGCUUUCCUGCCCUUAAAAUUCAACUCUGUCUUUACAUUCUCCUCUUUGGACUGUUCUGCCAGUGUUUUGUAGAGAUGAUUUGCCUAGCCCGGUAUUAACCACAGCUUCCCGCCAACACCAAAAUACUAAUA